GUGGGUCUGGUUCUUGACCCUUCCAGGCAUACCCUAAGGGGAAGCUUCUUUGGUCCACAGUUGCAUCAAGAGAAGGUAGAUAAUAAGGCUGCAUUGGAAAAAGAUAAAGGUUUGUUUCAGGUAUAUCUUGUAAAGGAAAUGCUUUGUUUUGUUAUGGAAUGGAUUGUUACAGCGAUAUUGGAUUCUACCUGAUAUUUCCUUUGUCCUCUGGGUAUUUUUGCAGAGUUUCCAAGGUUUUGCCUCACAGAGAUGAACAAGUCAAGAAGAAACUCAGCUGCUUUGUUUGAUAGGUCCCUUAGGUUCCGGACACCCUUGCCUCUUGGAUUAUUGGUAAGGAACCAGGUACAAAAGUCUUCUGCACAUCUGUUUGCACUUAUGGCCUAUGCAGCUGCCUGA